AUGGCUGCGGACUUACUGCCAGUGCCAGGUCUGGCAUCUUUCAGAGCAAGUUUACCCUCUUGGCCUGUAGAGAAAUCGAUCGAACACCUCAUCUCGCUGUUCCGAAGAAGACAAAUACGAGGACCCAAGCCAUGCGCCCUCGCAACAGCAUGGUUACUCAGAAAAGUGGUCUCAACCACGAGGGCAACAGAGCCUGGCAAGCUAAUUUUGAGAGUGCAAGAUGUGGGCAAGAAACUGGUUGAGGCCGCUCCGAGAGAGCUUACCGUUGGUAACAUCGUGCGCAGAGUGCUUGGAGCCAUUAGGGAAGAGGAGGAGAACCGAGAAGCAGAUACUCCCUUAGGAAGUGAACCAAACUCAAUUCCACCCACCCCAGCCGGCGAACUUCCCACAUCAUUCUUGCCUGCUUCAGCCAUAGCACCAGCUAGGGACGACUCACCUCUUGGUCGGCCACAAAAUAGGCCAGCACUUCUAUCACAGCAAACAGGUGGUCCUGAAAGACGGCCUGCCGUCACGUCCAUGUUUAGCAUUAUGGCUCAUCCAACUAUGAGAGGCUCAGCCGGUGGAUCGUCACCAAUAAGAAGUGGCAGUUCCACUCCCUCCACCGUACCUCAGCCAGCACAGAAUACAGACUUUCGAGCUGAAGUCCUCGAAGCCAUCACAGAAAUCGUCGAUGAACUCGAUCAAGCGGAUGAACAAGUUGCAGGUUAUGCUCUCGACCACAUCUCUCCACAAGAAACGAUAUUUACCUACUCCACCUCACCUGUUGUCCAGCGCUUCCUGCUCAAGGCGGCAUCGAAACGAAAAUUCACCCUCAUCCAAGCAGAGUCCUACCCGAACAGCCAUAAAGCUACACAUGCAACCGUUACAGGCAGCAAGGUACCCGAGGGUUACGAGGAUCUCGACACGGAAUCAUUCUCGAAGCCCUUAAUCGCACACGGUAUCACAGUGCUACUCAUCCCAGACUCCUCCAUCUUCGCCCUAAUGUCCCGAGCCAACAAGGUCAUCAUCUCAGCUACCGGUGUCCUCAGCAACGGCUCGAUCGUCGCCGCAGCAGGCACCAAGCCACUAGUUACAGCUGCGAGAUUCCACCGAGUACCUGUAAUAGUCCUGGCCGAGACAUACAAACUGUCACCAGUCGUGCCCUACGACCCCUUUGACUUUGUUGAUUACGGAGACGUGCAGAAAGUGGUCCCAUAUCAAGAUCGGGAGAUGCAGCUGGGCUUGCAAAGUGUACAGAACCCGGUGACUGAUUUUGUCGAGAGUGAAUAUGUUGAUAUGUUUGUGACGAAUUUAGGAGGUGUGGCUACGGGCUAUAUGUAUCGCACUAUUAGGGAUCAGUACCAUGACGAGGAUUUGGAGCUAUAA